AUGUAUGUUAUUCGCGUCAGUAUUCUCAUAGUAUUGGUAUGCUUUUACUGUUGUCAAGCCAGGGCUGAAAUUAGAGAUCUCCAAACAUGUGAAUCGCAUUUAAAUAAAUAUCGACGAUUCUUACUUCAGGCCAUAUUAAAUUUUGAAGAAGUCUGUGAUGCAUACAACUCUCGUGCUAUACUUGCCACCGAUAACGGUCUACCACCACAAAUUGCAUUCUUUGGUCAUUAUCAACCCACCGAACAGAAAGCUGAGAUUUGGACCUUCUUCAAAUUGUUAAUGGCACAAUUCAGUGAUAUGGAAUUUGCAAAUAUUCUACGUGAUGCAAUUAUCGAUAGAUGUCAUGUUAAACUUCAACAGCAGCAGCAACAACAGCAACAGAUGAUGCAACAGCAACGCGAUGAAAAACGUAACACUGUCGUUUUGGGUAAAAAACAACGUUUCCAUUCUUGGGGUGGUAAACGAAGCGGUGGUCUGGUAGCAAAUGACAUGGAUAUGGAACACAAUGUUGAUGAUGUCACCCUAUCAUAUUAA